AUGGAAUCCCAACAAUUAUCUCAACAUUCCCCGAUUUUUCAUGGUAGCGCCUGUGCUUCGGUUACUUCUAAAGAAGUCCAAACAACUCAAGAUCCGUUAGACAUUUCAGCUUCCAAAACAGAAGAAUGUGAGAAGGUUUCCACUCAGGCUAAUUCUCAACAGCCAACAACACCUCCCUCAUCUGCUGUUCCAGAGAACCAUCAUCAUGCCUCUCCUCAAGCUGCUCAAGUACCAUUGCCACAAAAUGGGCCGUACCCACAGCAGCGCAUGAUGAAUACCCAACAAGCCAAUAUUUCUGGCUGGCCAGUAUACGGGCACCCAUCCUUGAUGCCGUAUCCACCUUAUCAAAUGUCACCUAUGUACGCUCCACCUGGGGCACAAUCACAGUUUACACAAUAUCCACAAUAUGUUGGAACACAUUUGAACACCCCGUCACCUGAGUCAGGUAAUUCAUUUCCUGAUUCAUCCUCAGCAAAGUCUAAUAUGACAUCCACUAAUCAACAUGUCAGACCACCGCCAAUCUUAACCUCACCUAAUGACUUUCUAAAUUGGGUUAAAAUAUACAUCAAAUUUUUACAAAAUUCGAAUCUCGGUGAUAUUAUUCCGACAGCAACAAGAAAAGCCGUACGUCAGAUGACUGAUGACGAACUCACCUUCUUAUGUCACACCUUUCAACUAUUUGCUCCAUCUCAAUUCUUACCCCCCUGGGUUAAAGACAUCUUAUCUGUUGAUUAUACAGAUAUCAUGAAAAUUCUUUCCAAAAGCAUUAACAAAAUGCAGUCUGAUACUCAAGAGGUAAAUGACAUUACGACCCUAGCAACUUUGCAUUAUAAUGGAAGUACACCUGCAGAUGCAUUUGAAGCAGAAGUCACAAACAUUCUUGACAGACUAAACAACAAUGGCAUUCCUAUCAAUAACAAGGUAGCAUGCCAAUUCAUUAUGAGAGGUCUAUCUGGCGAGUACAAAUUUUUACCGUACGCACGUCAUCGAUGUAUACAUAUGACAGUUGCUGAUCUGUUUUCAGACAUACAUUCUAUGUAUGAAGAACAACAGGAAUCAAAACGUAAUAAAUCUACUUAUAGGAGAAGUCCGAGUGAUGAGAAGAAAGACUCUCGCACCUAUACGAAUACAACCAAACCCAAAUCCAUAACUCGGAAUUCCCAAAAACCAAAUAAUUCGCAAUCAAGAACAGCCAGGGCUCAUAACGUAUCCACAUUUAAUAACUCUCCCGGCCCUGAUAACGAUCUCAUAAGAGGAUCGACUACUGAACCGAUUCAAUUGAAGAAUACACACGACCUUCACCUUAGGCCAGGAACUUACUGA